UCUGUCGCACCACCUGCUGUCAAAUGACGGAUGCUGCGCGGCCAUUCGUGAGAAAGAAUGAAUCGAGGUCGCUCUCGGUCGGAGGUCGAUCCGAGUCACCCGGAUGGCCGCAUCGCGGUCGAUGGGGAUUGUCGAGAGUGCAAGCGAGGUGCAACGUGAGGCACGAAUACGGGGGCUUUUUAACACUCAGGGUUCCCAGCAGUCAUUGAAGGCAGCGCAAACAAUCAUAUUUACAGACUGGACGACCAGGUCGAUAUUAGCAAGCAAACAACAAACCAGCAGCAGCAAAAUUUACUGUAAAUGUACGGAUACAGACAAAAAAGAUAAACUACUGUAUGCAUUUAUUUAUUUAAAGUAAUAAGCAAGUGGCAGUGUCAACAUAACUGGAACCUCAUUGAACUAAGAACCAAAACACCUGUGGCCUAAAAAUUGCCCUUCCGGCAUUUAUUCAAUAGGCUAUCUACCUUGUCGAAACAUAACUGCAUCAUAAUACGCCAUUCCUCCGUAGAACGGUUGCCGUCGUCCGUAGCAACAAGCAUCAUUGACAUUCCUCGGCUCACUCUGGACGGAGGCGUCUCGGUUCUUUUGGCUCGGGCUGAGAGGCCAUGGAAAAAGAGGAGGCUUUGACGGAGGAGGUUGGAGUGUCGAUUGUGAUGCGUAGCAGCACAUGAAGACAGUGCCUGAAUAGAAGAAAAUUGGUUGCUGGGUGCAAAGAGUCAUCUAAGGAUGAGAUGAAGGAGGUAGCGUCAGGUGAAGGUGCUCCAUAGUCUGCCUAUACUGUGGCCUCUCUGCUGAUUGCCCUCCAUCCUCCAUUUCCUGGAUUCUCCAUUCUUCUUUUGGUGCAUCAUGACGACCACCCUGGAAACACUGCACACACUCCCUGAACUGGAGCUGAGCCCACGGCUGUUGAACGGAUGCGAAGACUCAGCCGGACGCUACAAGGUGGUUCCUUCUGUUGUCUGCUCCAUGUGCUGCCUCUUUGGCGUCAUUUACUGCUUCUUUGGCUACCGCUGCUUUAAGGCGGUGAUGUUCCUGACAGGCCUGAUGUUCGGUUCGGUUGUCAUCUUCAUGCUGUGCUACAAGGAGCGCGUGCUGGACACCCAGCUGAGUGUGGAGGCCUCGGUGGGCAUCGGCCUGGGCAUCGGCACGCUGUGCGGUCUGGUCACCAUGCUGGUUCGCAGCGUGGGCCUCUUCAUGGUGGGUCUUCUGCUCGGCCUGCUGGUGGCCGUGGCCACCUUGGUGGGAAUGGAGGAGCUUUCCCACAGCCCGCCACGCUCUGUCUGGGUGCCUCUGGGCGUGCUGCUUGGCCUGGGCAUGCUCUUUGCUGUUCUCACUCUCCAGUGGCAGCGCAUCUUCACCACGCUAUCCACCGCCGUCUUCGGCGCCGCCGUCAUCACAGUAGCACUGGACUACUUCGUGGAGCUCUUUGCGCUCGUCCUCUACAUGUACGAACGGAUGAAAGCCGUCCCCGGGAAGCCCGUUUGCUGGCUGACGUGGGUGGUGCUGGGGGUGUGGCCUGCGCUCACCCUGUUGGGUGUUGUGGUCCAGUGGAAGGUGACUGCAGAGGGAUACUCGCACACCAAGGUCAUCAUCAGUCGUCAGCAGAGAAGGAUGCAGGUCAUGCGUAUUCGCCAGCGGGACGACCGCUACCGGCACAAGAAGAAGAAGAAGAAGCACCUUGGGUCCUCGUCCAACCAAAACCAAGCCAAGCAACUCCAGGAACCCGCCUAUCGCCGCAAGCCCAAUCCAAUUCGUCGCUAUGACACUGAUGUCCUCUCACCAAGCUACAUCCAGAAUUUCCGAGACAGGCAGGUGCAGGCUCAGCCUUUUCCAAGCCAGCUGCUUGGAGGACCACACGCCGCGGUGGAUCUGGGCUACGACUCAACGGCACCCCUCACUGGGGCAGCAGGACCUUCCCUACGAAAUUAAAACAUUGCCUUGACUCAGUCAGGACACACACUAACCGUCCAUGCACCUGUGUGUCUUUUGCGUGCACACCUAGUUGUAUCCAUGCAUAGUGGAUGGGGAAACACUUUCACUUCUGACCUCUCACUGCAUGAUUUACUCAUACAGCAGCUACUAUAAGAUGGGUCGACAUCUGUUUUAGCGCCUCAGAUCAGAUCAGGGAUCCGAUUGCAAACCCACCUCAGGCAUCGUCAUGACAGCAACACAUGAGCCUCACUCUGCAGGCCCUUCGUGCCAUCUGGAUACCAUUAGGCAAAUUUCAAAUGGGCCUUUGCCCUCUUUGGUGCUGGACCGUAAUGUCUUCAAGUGGAUUUUGCUGUAACGGGUGCCUUGCUUCCCCUGUGACUACGGAGGGGUGUUCCGCCAGUGUUUGGGUGCUAACACAGGGUUACAUUUCAGCCAACUGCGGUAUUAGAAAGCCAUAACGGACAGUGGCACCUUGCCACAAUGCUCCCAAACACUCGGGCUGGAAACAGACAUUUUAACGAAGCUUGGAUUUAGUACCACUCAGUCACAAACCCAUCAGGGCCCAAUCAUUUUCACCUCAACCAUGUUCCACAGCAGUGUUUGCCAAAAUUUAAUGAACCAAGGCACAUAUUUUAUAUGAAAUUUCAUCUCAUAGUACGCCGCCCCAAAAAAUGUCACCAAGAGUAUGUCAUUGUUCUGUUCGGUUUAUGACUUAGUGCUCUAUAGACUACUCAUCUAAGGUUAAUUGUAAAAGCUGGCGCAACUUGGGUGGGUCGCAAACAGCAUUCAGUUGACUGUUUUGUACCAGAGUGGGCAUACUAGCAUAAAGAGGGUCUAACGGCUUGAGACUUGGGGCUGUUUUUUCAUAGAUGGCCCAGCUGCACUCAAGUGUAAAAGCUGGCGCAACUUGGGUAGGUAACAAACCUGUUGGGAAUUUAGUUUACUGUUUUGUGCCAAGCUGGGAAUACUGUCUGAGGGGUCUGGUGGUUUGAGAAUUGGGGCUCUUAUUUUCGUAAAUGGCGCAUCUGUGUGUAUACAACAUGGGUGGGUCACAAACUGGUUCACAAAUUUGCUUUUUUUGUGCCAAGCUGGGUAUACUAGGAUAAUGAGGGUCUGGCAGAUUGACAUUUUGGAAAAGAGAGCCUGCCUAUUUUUUUGCGCAAGGUAGACCGCCGGUCUAACACGAUUGAAUAAGCCCGAUGAAUUUAAUUUAGGUCAAGAUGGACAUACAUUCGGAUACAGAGGCUGUAUGUGUAGCGUACGUCAUUCAUAAAUAUGCAGUCAGUGUUCAUUAAAUCUUCUAACUAGUUUUAGAAAACAAUUCAUCAUUGUCAUAUUUAAAAACAAAUUCACAUGCACUCAUUCCCAGUCAUUGCAAUUGUAUUGCACCUCAUUUAAAGGGAAUGAGAAGAGCCACUUUCAUUGGCUGUGAAUUGAGUCAGUGAAAUUAGCAAUACACACAUCCAAAACAUCUUCCCACAGUUGCGUAGCACAAGAAAAUAAAGCCUUUGAGGUUGAUUACAGUGCUUUUACAUGACAUUCCACCUUUCGUUGUUGUGCCACAGUGCAGCCACUUCAUGUCCUGAAUUGCAGAAUGGUAGGUAAUCCUGUGAAGAUCCCCUCAGUGGCAUUUCUGCAAAAAAAAAAAAAAAAAAGUAAUGAACUUUGUAAAGCGAAGAGAGAAUGUACAAUAUGUUUGCAUGAAAUCAACCACCUUGUACCUUGAAAGUGACUUCCUCUUGACUCCAAAAUCCUUCCACUGUUCGAACACCCGAAUCACAUUGACAGAAGAACAUUUUGUGUUCUUUUUCCCUCCUUUAGUUGGAAUCUGUAGUUUUAU